AUGAAGGCGCCAGCCUCUCUGCACGGCAUUUCUGCAACCCCGCCCGGCGCCCUCACUCCAUACCUUCCUUUUUCUCUAAUAUGACCAUCACCGGAGAAGAAGAUCCCUCCAACCGACGACUACCGCUAACCGAUGACGAUAUCGUGCGCCUGGCGCAACAAUAUCACCAAACCUGCGCACCCCUACCGCCUUUCUUCCAAUGUUCCACUUCUCAUCCUAUAAUCGUCUCUUUCCUCCACUCACGCUGCAACUCCCCUUCUCCUUCUGUCUCCGUUACCGAGUACGUCUCUUCCGUCGUGUCUCUCAUCUCUUCAGCUCCUCAUAGCUCCUCUCUCUCUUCCCUCCUCUCAUCUCUCAUCCUAGCAUAUGUCCGUCUUUUCGACUCCCGUAAGAUUCCUCGGGACCGGAACUCAUCGAAGAUCAUUAGUCUCUUUGCUCUCCACAUCGAGAGCAUUCCAAGGAAAGAUCUCACUUCCAUCGUGGAUGUAAUUGUUUCCGGUUUACCCCAAAUUGCUGAUCCCGACGAUGCGCAACUUCUCGAUCUCCUUCCUCAAUCCCUUGACUUGAUUCGAUCGUCAAAUGAGAUUGAAAUCGCUCCUGGUUAUGUCAAUUCAGUACUUGACCGCAUCCUCACAACUGACUGGUCAAAGGUCUUGCUGGUAAAGAUUGUUUCUCUCCUCCGUGAAUUUUCAUUUCUAGUCAAGGUUCAGGCAAUGGAGUUUUUCGGAAAAGUUUUUGCUGGAAUGAAGGGAGUGGAUUUGCAAGACUUGCCAUCACUUAUUUACCAGCUCCUUGUAUUGGCUUCCAAAGGGUUUAGUAAGAAGGACGUUAUACAAGGGAUUGUAGGGUUCUUCGGGACCAAAAUGGGUUCAAAUGUAAAUUCCAUAGUUAGGCAGGUUGAAGGGACAGUCCUGUUACAUGUAAAUUUUGCAGUGAAGCAGGAUCCUUCACUGGGACAGGAGGUUUUGGGACUUGUAAAGUCGGAUCUCAGAGCUGUUAACCAUUUUACAGUCAUUGUUCUUCUUUCGGUUGCAAGGGUACGGAGGUUUAAUGCGAGUUCCAUUGGAAUUCUGAAAACGGCCGUGCUUUCAUCUUACCGUGAAUACAAGUUCUCCAGAGAUUGUAAAUGGCUACCGGAUAAUUUGAAGGAAGAAAGCCUCCAUACUGUUAACAGAGUACAAAAAGCAGUGACAAGAGCUAUUAAUGAGAGCAACUAUGGAAGGGAGCACAUUGUACCUAGCAUUGUAGAAUUUGGCUUUGUUUUGCUGGAAUCAGUGGAAGAGAGUCACAAUGAAGCUGGUGAUUUGAAUGGUUUGAUGGGCAUUGAGGAGCUUAGUAUUCAGAUACUAAAGACUCUGUUUGAGGUCCAUGACAUGGCACGGAAUGAGAUUAUUGAGCAAUGCAAAUUCCGUAUCCUUUCUUCGAAGCCUGAACAAAGCAUGGCAAUCAUCAAAUUGCUCAGAUGUCUGGUUCAAAGCUACCCUUACCCCAUGUUGGAACAUGUUGCACGUCUUAAGGAACUGCUGGACUAUUUUACCUUCAUGCAUGGAAAAGUUGCAACUUCUCUCAUUGUUGCAUUAUUGCCUCUCAUCAAACUUAGCCGUGAGCUUCAGGACUAUACUAUUUUGGUUGUGCGGAAGGCUAUGUUUAGACGGGAAGAUGCAGUUCGUAUUGCUGCUACUAAUGCCAUCAUCGGUUUGAUUUUGGUGGCUACUCAAACAAAGAGAGAUGGCUUGGAUCCUUUUCAAGAGUCAUCCAGCCAAGCCAGUUGCAGUCAGCAGGCUGAAAUUUCUCAUGGGAUGGGAGCAGGUCUAUUUCAAGAGCUGAGUGGUUUGCUUAGGAGAUGCCUUUCUCAGGAGGCAACAAUUAAAGAGGUCAUGUACCAGGGGCUUGUGAAGCUUGUGUUGAUGGACCCAGUCAUGUCAGGGCCUGUCUUUGAUUUUCUUUUGCCCCACUUCCUUCGCUUUUACAGUGAGGAAACAGAAAUCAAACUAAGUAUUAGCAGUUGUUUUAAAUCAGAGGGUGGCAAAGUUUUCCUUGAAGAACCUCUGGAUUGUCUUCUCUCUUGUAUCUCUUGGAUUCUUCUGUUUCAGCCACAUGGUAAAAUUGAUUGCCAAUCAGAGAGGUCAUGGACUUGUUUUGGCUUCUCCCUUUCUCAAGAGCAUGAGGCAGGAAGAACUUUGCCAGCCGAAUCAUUUCGUAUUGCUUUAUCAAAGAUCCGGAAGCUUUUGAGAAAUGGCCAUUUGGAAGAUAUUUUAGGUCAGAUCCAGGAUACGGGCUCUAAAUGUCUUGAAGAAGAGAAUGGUAGGCAAUGUGCUUUGAUUUUAUUAGGAAUCAUGGAAGUGGUGCUAAAUGCCAUUGCAACAGAGGUGGAGAGUGCAACAGAUGCCGAAAAACUGGAUCUUGAAAAGGAAGUGAUUGAGUUUGUUGAUUUGUACGACUCCCUGGAAAAGGAUGUAUGUGCAACAAAGCAAGGUAAUGGUAUUAAAAAGGGUACACCAAGGACCACUGCUAAUGAUGCUGCAGAUAGGACUGAUGCUAAAGGGUGUCGUUUUGGCCCCUUAAAGUUGUCUCUAGAAAGAAAACCUUUCUUGGCAACUUCAAGUAUCUACCAGCUGUUACUAACAGCACUGAAGUUAUAUAAUAUUGAAGGCUCCAAUGCUAGUGAAGUUUCCCAGAGCCACAGUCAGUCAUCAUGCAAGACAUUAAAUAGCUGUUCUAAACUGAUACACUUUGUGUUGAAGACUUCUCUUUGUCAAAUACAAUCUUUAACUUCCAUUGCAAAGGAUGAUCAAUUAAAAACUUUGAUCUAUGGGGACAUCAAGGUGCUGGGACCUCCAUUGCUGAAAUUGGUAUGGUUGCUCAAGUCAGGGAGAAAGUUGGGUAUGGAUCCAAAAAAAGAAACCAAGGGAAGGAAAGUUGCAGAAGAUAGAGAGGAACAGAUCUACUUAGCCUUGAUUUGCUUGAAGGAGUUGAUCAUGUUAAGUUUGCAGGGACAUUCAUUGACUGGUUUAUUUGAGGACUUGGUGUCUGUAUCCACACCUAAGGAUGAUUUGGAAAAUUGCAUGCACGAUGACCCUAAUAAUGACUCUAAGCUAGCCUCAGGCAUUGAAGAUCAACAAACCAAAAGCAGAGAAUUGUUGAUUGAGGAAAAGAUAAAGCCACUGUGCUCUGAGUUUCUUGCACUUUCACUUUUUCGAACAUCUGAGGUUCUCUUUGAUAUGAUAUUGAUGAUUGGGAAGAAACUACCAUGCAAGCUAAGGGACUAUCAUGCAGCUUGGGCUAUUUCUAUCUGCAAAAGCAAUACUAUAGUGCACUCUGGAGCUGCAAAAGCUUUAUUUACACUUGCCAUCUGUUUAAACUCGCCACCAAAUGAUUUCAUUUUAGCCCAGGAGAUGGCUUCUGAACUCUUAAAAGUCAUGGGAUCAGAAGAGUGUGAUCCAGUGGAGACAUCUGAUGCUUAUCCUAUCAUAAACCAUUCAACAAGAACUACAAUAGCUUCUCUCUUACUACAGCUAAUUGAUUCAACCAUUGCUGACUUGGAUUGUGCUGUAAUGAAACUGAAGGCACUCUAUGACAGAACUCAAGGAAGCACUUGCCUUGUUCAGCAAGGGCAGAAGGCACCUGGUCUAAUAUUGGAAGAAGCUAUAUACUCAAGAUCUGAAGCUCUGGUGAAUUUAUUUUCUUGUUUUGUGGCAAUGAACCUCAAUGAUUCUCAAGCAGAGCAGUUAUUAAGAUUGGCUGCAAGGUUUUACAAGCAUUUGGCUCGUAUGUCAAAACUACGAAUUGCUCCUAAAGGUUGCAAGCAGCUUCCACCUGGGCUUAAAUUCCAGAAACACGCAGAAGUAACUUGCAAAAAGCUCACAGGUCCACUGUAUGACUUUGUUGCACUAAUACAAAGGAAUCAACAAGAGAAUGAACGCAACAAAGGAAUUAUCAGUAAGAUUAAAAGAGAGAAUAGAUGCAUUCCUGACCUGAUUUUCCAGAUAGAGGAUUAUGAGAAAUAUCUCAUCCAACUCAGCAAGGUGAGCAAAGUUAAUUUGUUGAGACACGCUAAGCGGAGCACUGCAAGAGACUUUAAGAUACUAUAUACAAAGAAGAUAACUAAAGAACAAGAUGCACUGGAACCUGAGCCUAAUCCUGCUAUUUCCACCGAGUCCCAGAAUGUAUCGUCUGAUGAAGAAAAUGGGUCUAAGAAGGCUUUAUCACCUGAAUCUAAUAGUUCUAUGGCUCCUGAAGAUUCUGCAUCUGAUGAAGAUCAAAAUAUCAGUCUUAAAACCAAGCGGGCAAAAAUGAACAAGGUUGUGCGGGAUUCUGAUGAUGAAGCAUAGCCAGAAGAAAACAUAGAUCUUAUGAACUUCUAGUUUAUACUAAAUUCUCACUUACAAUCAUAUGUAAAGUGAUUUUUAGGCAGCAAAUACAUGGGGGAAAGAGUUUGAUGAUGGCAUGGCAACGAAAAUUGUGAAGUACCCACCUAGGCCAUUGUUCUAUUUGAAGAGUCCGAUUUUUUUA